AUGGUCGAAGCUGUUCUCAACCCAAUCAAACAAGCGACUGAAUCAGUCGUAGCUGCUGCCAACGAAUUUGUGUCUGGUACUACUGACUCCGCUUCGUCCGACGCUCAAAAAGUAGCUGAUAUCCCCAAAGACGAGGAUGGACACAGGGUUUACAUCGGUAACCUUUCUUACACCGCUACCGAGGAACAGGUUAGAGAGUUCGUAGCUCCCGUUGGUGGCGAGAUCAAAUCCGUUAACCUCCCUCUUAAAUUCGGAAAACGACCCGCCGGUUACGCCUUUGUCACUUACAAGAACGAAGCCGAUGCUCAAAAGGCCAUAGAUCAGCUCAAGGACAAGGAACUUGGUGACCGAAAAGUUAAACUUGAACUUGCUAGACCCGCCGACGAGGUACUCGAAAUCCGAAAGGCCAGAGAUGAGAAGCGAAAGCAAAGUCGAGAAGCUUUCAACGCUAAGAAAGCUGAAAAAGCCGCAGCUUCUGCUUCUGCCGCUGGUGUCCCCACUGGUGCCGAUGGCGAGGCUAAGGAAGGUGAAGCUAAGCCUAAGAAGAAGGCCAACAAGCCCAAGGCUGCUAAAAAGUCUCGAAGACGUGUACCUGGAGAGGGUGAUGAUGGAGAAGUUGACGGUGAGGCUGCUCCCGAGGCCGCCGAGUCGAAGCCCGCAUCCAAGGGCAGAAUCGAUGUCAAUGGUGCUAACGGAGAGGGAGAGGCCAAAGAGAAGAAGAAGGCUCCUAGACCUAAGAAGGAGAGACAACCUCGACUUGAGCUCACUGGAGAGGAUUCCAAGAGCACCGUCUUCGUCGCCAAUCUUCCCUUCUCUGUAGACGAUGAAGCUCUCGCUACCAUCUUCACCAACCUUUCCAUCAAGGUUAAGUCUGCCAAAGUAGUCACCGGUAUCAGACGACCCCGACCUGAUGCUGCUAAAUCUUUCAAACCCUUCAAAGCCUCCAAAGGAUUCGGUUUCGUCGAACUCGACAGCGAAGCUCAACAAUCCGAAGCAGUUGAGAAGGUCGACGGAACUUUGGUCGAGGAUCGAAAGAUCACUGCUAAGAUUGCCAAGGAGAUGAAACCAAUUGAGCAGGAAGGUGUUGAGGCUGAAAAUGCGUGA